AUGUCUACCUGUGUCACCCAAGAUGAUAAAGAAAUUCCUAUCUCAGUCAGUAAGUCAGUAAUACCCAAAAAACGUAAGACAAAAUUAGAAAAUACAGUACAUCCAGAAUGCAUAUCUAAUAUUGUUGAUUUAAAUACUGAUAACAUAAAAAAAUCUAAGAAGAAAAUUAAAAAUAAACAAACAAUAACUGAGGCCCCAAAUGAAACAUCUGUUGAGACAGAAGAAUAUGUACCUAAGAAAAAGAAAAAGAAGAAAAAUAAAGACCUAUAA